AUGCCGCGGCUUCUAUCGCUGGCGCUUCUGGCUGUGGCCUCCGCCGACCUGGAUCUCGCGAAUUGGAUGGGGCAGUUGGCCCCAAUCCUUGGAGAUGCCACACUCUUGGACCUCUCGCUCCCAGGGACCCACGACUCCAUGACUUACGACUUGAGCGACACCCUCAGCGAUGGCUAUGAGGGUAUGUCCGCAGCAACGUCCGCCAUCUUGCACGCGCUCACCCCGGGGUUGGCUGGACGCUUCAUCCGGAAGCAAGGCCAGACGCAGGGCAUCACCAUCACGGAGAUGCUGGAAGGCGGAAUACGCUUCAUCGACUUCCGGGUCAUGUACACCGUGGGCCCAGAUCGAGUCGCUGGUGGCAAGGAUUGGUACUGCCUCCACGGCUGCGAGUCGAAGCGCAAGGCCAUCGCGUACCUGCGGGAGGUGCGCUCCUGGAUGGAUGCCCAUCCCAAGGAGGUGGUGGUGCUUUGGGCCUCGCGGCACGGCAACGUGGCCCUAACGGGUACGGCCCAGUAUCCGGGCACCACGCCGGCCGAGAGGCAAGCCUUCUUCAAGCAGGUUGAGGAUGUCUUCGGCGAGCUCCUGAUGGAGAACGUAAGUCUCAACGAAACCUCCAUCGUGGACCUGCAGCGCCGAAAUAAGCGACUCCUGUGGUUCGCCUCCGACUACGUGGAGUCCACUCGGAGCUCUCCGCGGGCCGCGGAUGCCCGAAGCAUCGACAACCAGCUGAAAGGCGGGGGCUACGGGCGGGAGUUCGUUGACUUCGCAAAGCAAGGUGGAAGCAAGCUUCGGGAUGAUCGUGCUCGCAACCAGUUCCUGCUGGUGAGCAUGUCCGUGGGCCCUCCGACACCGCCGUCGAAGAUGCUGCGAAGUUGGAGUUCCUGCCGAACCUCUUCGGAACCCACAAGAAAUGGACGAAGGAGUGCGCAGAGACCGCGAAAGUGCCGAACAUGA